CACCUGGAAAAUAGUGUGCAGCGAGCACUUGUCCUACCUCUAGACACUCCACAGUAAGGAGUAAGGGAUGCUGAAUUGGCUUUGAACUCCCACCCAAACUCGCUUUGAAGAAAUGGAAGGGCAGUGAAGAAGAUUCUUUUGACUUUAAAGAUGAAGAGUCUACUUUUUCUGGUGCUGAUUUCUGUCUGCUGGGCUGAACCUCACCCUGACAACUCAAGUCUGGAGAAUGAAAGAAUUAUUCACAUUCAAGCAGAAAAUGGACCCCGUCUACUUGUGGUAGCAGAGCAAGCUAAAAUCUUCUCACACCGGGGUGGCAAUGUCACACUGCCAUGUAAAUUUUACCAUGAACACACAUCAACAGCUGGCUCAGGAACCCACAAAAUCCGGGUCAAGUGGACCAAACUCACCUCAGAUUACCUCAAAGAAGUGGAUGUCUUUGUUGCAAUGGGACACCACAGAAAGAGCUACGGAAACUACCAGGGCAGAGUGUUUCUGAGAGAAAGCAGUGAAAAUGAUGCCUCCCUUAUAAUCACAAAUAUAAUACUGGAGGAUUAUGGGAGAUAUAAGUGCGAGGUGAUUGAAGGAUUAGAGGACGACACAGCAGUGGUAGCUCUGAAUUUGGAAGGUGUCGUAUUCCCUUACUCUCCACGGCUGGGUCGUUACAACUUAAACUUCCACGAGGCUCAGCGAGCGUGCCUGGACCAAGACUCUGUUAUCGCCUCCUUUGACCAGCUCUACGAUGCCUGGAGGUCAGGGCUGGACUGGUGUAACGCCGGCUGGCUCAGCGACGGCUCCGUGCAGUACCCCAUCACCAAGCCCAGGGAGCCCUGCGGAGGGAAGAACACAGUGCCUGGGGUCAGGAAUUACGGGUUCUGGGAUAAAGAUAAAAGCCGAUAUGAUGUUUUCUGUUUUACUUCAAACUUCAACGGUCGUUUUUACUACCUAAUUCACCCGACCAAGCUGACCUACGAUGAAGCCGUCCAGGCGUGCUUGAAGGAUGGAGCUCAGAUCGCUAAAGUUGGCCAGAUAUUUGCUGCCUGGAAGCUCCUGGGGUACGACCGCUGCGACGCCGGCUGGCUGGCGGCCGGCAGCGUCCGCUACCCAAUCUCCAGGCCAAGGAAACGCUGCAGUCCUAACGAAGCAGCAGUUCGCUUUGUAGGCUUCCCCGAUAAAAAGCACAAGCUGUAUGGUGUCUACUGUUUCAGAGCAUACAACUGAAAAUGCCUAGAGCACGAAAGUUUUAAAUUCAUUAAGAACAUGUGAAAGAUUUCUUUUCGAUAUGAACUCAUGCAAGUUACCAAAACUGUGAUAAACCUUUUUUACUUACUGUAAAGAGUCAUUUUCAUAAGCCCAACCCAUUAAUUUGUUGGGGUUUUUUUGUUUUGUUUUAAUAUUUUUGUAAAAGUAUCAUUCCAUAGAUAUUUUAAAUUAAUAUAAUUUAAUGGAAGCUCUAGGUAAGGAAUUUUUAGAGCCAAAUUCUUUAAGCUACGUCAUCCCAACAAAAUAUACUUUUCAUGAAUGGGGCAUGCAAUAGAGCUUGAUGAUUGCUAGGGCACAAUUAUGGAAUGUAAGGCUACUCAAAGCAGAAGCUUUUAAAAGCACAAAUUUUACAUAUUUUUAUCAGUUUGAGAAACACUGCAAAUUGAUUAUAUCAGGAAUUUUGAAAUAAGAUAAUCUUUUCUUUAAAGGGGAUCAGUGAGGUUUUGCAAAAAA